AUGGACGACCGUACGAAGGGGUUGGUGCUGGCGGUGACGUCGAGCGUGUUCAUCGGCGGCAGCUUCAUCGUCAAAAAGAAGGCCCUCCGCAUGUCCGCCGUCUCGGGUAUCAGAGCCGGCAUGGGAGGCCAUUCAUACCUCAAGGAGCCACUGUGGUGGGUCGGAAUGAUCUCCAUGGUGUUGGGAGAGUUUGCCAACUUUGCAGCGUAUGCCUUUGCACCAGCCAUCCUCGUCACACCACUCGGCGCUCUCAGCAUAAUAAUCAGCGCCAUACUAGCGCACAUGCUGCUGGACGAGAAGUUGCACGUGCUGGGGUGGCUGGGAGCCACGCUGUGUGUGGUGGGGUCUAUCUCCAUUGUGCUGCACGCGCCUCAGGAGAAGGACAUUGACAACGUCAAACAGCUCUGGGCGCUCGCCACCGAACCAGCGUUUGUGAGCUACUCAGUGACGGCGCUGGCGCUGAGUGUGUUUCUCAUCUUUGUGUUGGCGCCACGCUACGGCGCCACCAACGUCCUCGUGUACCUCGCCAUCUGCUCCCUGCUCGGCUCCAUCUCCGUGGCGAGCUGCAAGGCCCUAGGGAUUGCCGUGAAGCUGACGCUGUAUGGAGACAACCAGCUCUUCUACCCUGAAACCGCCUUCUUUGCCAUCGCCCUUGCUGCCUGUGCCGUCACACAAAUUAAUUACCUUAACAAGUCCCUAGACACAUUCAACACGGCAGUGGUAACACCCAUAUACUACGUCAUGUUCACCACGCUCACCAUAGUGGCGUCAGUCAUAAUGUACAAGGACUGGGCGGGGCAGACAGCAGAGCAGGUGCUCAUGGAGCUGUGCGGAUUCCUCACCAUCCUCAUCGGCACCUACCUGCUGCACGCCACCAAGGACUUUGCUGGGGACUCCUCCCGCCUGCACCUCUUCGAUCCCGCUGCCCGAGUCACGCCGGCCAAGAACCCAGCGGCACUCAAGGGGCACAUAGGGCUGGGCACGAUGCCUUCAGGGGGUUCCAAGGAUGAUAAAGACGUGCUUGACCCCGAGGCCAAACCACUGCUGUGA